GCGGGAGAACGUCUUGCCAUUGCACCUGCGAACGCUGAGGACGUUGUGUCGGAGGCGCGAAGGCUGGUGCUUCUGGCAAGACCUCUGCCAGUGACCUUUGCUCGGAUGCCAGGUGGCCAGUGGGUGCUGGAUCCUUGCGCUGUUGAGGAAUCCUUGGGCGCUUCUGUGUCUCUUUGCUUCUUGGAGGGACGCUGGCUGGUCUUCCAUCAGGGUGGUGGUGCCGAUGCCAACCGCUUCUUGGAAGAGCUGAUGCCAGUGGCGCGCACAUCUACGGAGAAGCUGACCAAACUGUUCGAGAACUAAGAGGAAACCAAAA